AUGGGAGAACGUCUUCGACUGAUCGAAGGCAACAUUUCCGGCAUACAACGCUGUCUUCAACGGCUUGACUCAAGCAUGACAAGUCGCCUUGGAUUAGCCAGCGAAGACGUUGUUGCAUUCACAGAACCUGAAGGCGCUGGAACCAAUGCGGCGGCAGCCCGCGAGAUGAUCAAGGAACUCGGCUACAGCACGGGCCAGCCACUGUAUUCCAGCACACAUGACGCCUCAGCAAUCAAGGCUCCUCCGAUGCUGAUCGUCGAGGCCCUGAUUGAGCCUUAUUUUGAGUCGAUCAACUCCCAUUUGCCCAUCUUCACCCGGGAGGGAUUCCGCCGCCUGAUGGACGCUUCCCGUGCGGAGGCCAACCCCGCAUACAACCGGCCGUUUGCCAUCUGUGCCAAUAACAUGGUACUAUUGACGCUGUCAGCCAAAGCGUUGCACUCGCGGGCGAAGAGCACCUCACCGUCAAACCUGGAGCCAAUCACGGAAUCAAUUGAUGUCGAGCUUAUCCAAUCUUUCAUCGGCAAUGCCAAUCGCGCCAUGGUCCAGGUUGAGCAGCUUCUCAGCCCUCGCCUGGUGAACGUCCAAGCUCUGCUGUCUUUGGUGGGUAUUACAAGGGAGGCCACUGAAAGCUACUUCGCUGACCUUUGA